GAGCCAAAACAAGAUGUUUCUUUGUAAGAUUCUGUUGGGAUGAGGCGAGAUUAAGCAAAGUUUUCCCUCUUAAACAUUAAUUUUUAAGCACGCCACUGUUACUAAUAAGCCACGAAAACCUGAAGCGUUAAAGAAUAAUCAAGGUUGAUCAAUCUGGAUGAAUUAGGAGACGUUUGGGUUCUAAUAUCGAAGUGACAUGGUUGUCAUGUAGGAGCUUCCAAGCUUGAUGUUGGAAACAACGAAACAUCUAACGUGUUUACCCAAGGUUUGGCGUGGGAAGGCCUUUUUAAUUGUAUGUUGAUCUGUAUUCAUCUUCAAUUACAGAAGCAAACACCAAUCUGAGUUGUUGGUUGAACUUUAAGCUGUAGAAACUUCACCAAAAACAGGCUUCUUGUCGGAUCGCACAUCAUGUGUUAUUUUGUCCUCGUUGUGUGAGUUCUCCAAACAUGAUUUUCAAUAGCUGCGGUGAAGUGAGUCAUAGUUAGACCACAACAAGUAUUUUUUUCACACUUUGGAGACAAGAAAAGUUGCAACAUUACUGGAAUAAUUCACUUUGCAAAUAUAACUGCUCUUCCAAACUGCCUCUGAUAUCACUUUUUGAAGUGACACUACAUCGUUGGAUUUUAUGAGUAUCAAGGAAAAUAUUGCAUCGUCAAGACAUUGCAGCAUUGAGUCAGGACUGACUCAAGCUAUUGCUCCAGUUGGUCUAUUAUGUGGUAUUCCAGAGAAAGACUUAAAAUCAACGAAAUCUGGCUCAGAUCAUCUGGCAGUUCCCUCAUCAAAGAUGGCCAAGAUGAAGAAAAAGAUGCAUUCUCCAUUGUCAAGAAGAAAAAGUUCUAGCUCAGAGCCCUCAGAGUUAUCCAGUAAUACUGGCAAAGUGUUUGGAGUUUCAUUAGAUGAAUCUAUCAAGCACAAUGAAGGCCCUCCUGUCCCAUGGGUUGUUGUAAGAAUAGUGGAGUACUUAUCAUCUCAUGGACUUAAAAGCGAAGGCAUAUUUCGCGUCAGUGGAAACAAAAAGAACGUCGACCUGAUGAAAGCAGCAUUUGAUAGAGAUGGAGAUGCUGAUUUGGAAGAGAUUGGUGAUGUUAUGGCUGUAGCUGGUCUACUGAAGCAAUAUCUGAGAGAUCUUCCAAGACCUCCAAUCCCACAAAGUUUGACACAAGAUUUUAUUAAAAUACACACCAAUUAUGGAGAUGAUAACAAGGCUUCCUUAGAUGAAUUAAAAAGAUUACUGGCUAAGCUGCCCGAGCUGAAUUAUCAUCUUCUCAAAUACCUCUGCAAUUUUCUUGUCCGAGUCUCUGAAUAUGAAGAAAAUAAUAAAAUGAGUUCUAUGGCUCUUGCAAUUGUAUUUGGACCCAACUUAUUCAGAUGUAAAGAUGGAUUAGAAGGUCUCAAAGAACAAGGACACACCAAUGCAAUUGUCUGUAAAUUUUUACAAGAAUAUGAAGAGUUAUUUCCUGAUGAAGAUGAAGUUUCCCCCUACGCAACCACUGACUUAUUUAUUCAAACUUCCAGCUCAUCUGAAGGCAUGGAUCCUAGUGGACAUCCAAAGGCACAAGAAAGCUCUGCUAGUGAUGAAGAACUGGCUUCUUCUAACAAAACAACUGUAGAAAUAUCAAUAGGAAAACUAGAACCUGUGUAUGCUAGUAUAAGCAAAAGCAAAAAACAUCUGAGCCCAAGUGUUGGGUCAUCUUCAGAAGAUUUAGACUUAUAUGUGAGGUCUGUAUCACCAUCUUUAUGGAACACUAAUGGGAAUAAUGGUAAUAGCAGUCACAGUACGUUACAACAACAGCAACAUGGAACUCAAGGCAGAGAUAUGGUACAGAAGGUGAUUAAAGAUAGUAUCAAAGAACAUCUGUUUGGACCUGAUGUAGUUUCUACAGAUGACAAUGAGUACAGUCCUAAUGAGUCUGCACAGUCUAAUGAAUCAUUGGAAGAAAUUGUUCCACCUCUACCAGCAAGGAAUUAUGGUCCAGAGGACACCAACAGACCCCAGGCAAAGAAACGAAAAAAUGCUAAAAAACACUCCAAUGAAAAUAGCCCAUCUACUUCAAUUAGCAAUAGUGAACUUACUAUAGAUGUACCUGCAGUUGAUAACAGUAAAGAUCUGGUGAUAACUUUGGAUCAGAAUAGUAACAGCAUUAUACAAGUCAAAGAUGAGGAUGAUGCUGAAGAAGAUGAAACUGAUUUGGGAAUUGUCAAAAGAAAUUCAGGAAUUCUAACAACUCUUACUAAAAACAGAGCUCCUCCGCCAUCCAAAAGAAGGUCACCAACACCAAACAAGCGAAACUCACAGUCUGAUCUUGAUAAUGAAGAGGCUGAUGAAUGUGGUGAAUUACCAGAAAGGUUUGUCCACCCACUAGUAGUGGAGGCAAAAAGCCGUGGUAAAGUUUCAACUCCACCACCUCGUUCACCAAGGUCAUCACCAAGAGUUCCUUCCAAGUCCCCUCCUUCCCCACUCUCACCAAAUAAGCAUGCAACAGUGGAUGAGGUCGAUGGUGGUUAUAACCCUGUUAAAGAGUUAAUGACCAGAACAUAUAAAAAGUUAUCCAACUGAGUGUCCCCCAUCCCCUCCACAUGAUCACAUUGAGCCAUUUUGGUCAGACAGAAGAAUGGAGGCAUCGCCAAAAGGGGAGCUUUCUCUGAAACAGAUCUCAAGAAAUAUUCACCAGUUAAAGAAGAAAAUUAGAGAAUAUGAAGAGUCUUUCGAAGCAGAACACGGCCACAAGCCAUCUCAGAGUGAAAAGGCGCCGAUAAAAAAGUAUCUUGCAGAUCUUAAUCGCUACAGGAAAGAGCUAAAAGAGCUAAAAGAGAAGGCAAAAGAGGAUUCUGAAAGACUCAUUGAGACAGCCCCUGCUUUAAAGCAAGAAGUACCUUCAACUAAUAACUCUGGUGAAUCUUUACUGACCACCUCACCAGCAACAGUCCAACAAUCAUUAGAUGGUAUUCUUAGGAAGCUACAGGAUAAGAGAAAAGCUGUUAACCGUAGCGAAGACCUUCAGGAUCUCACUUUGGAAGAGCUGCAAGAUGAGAAAUUAUGUGUACAGAAAGCUUUACUCCAGCAUGAAAGUGUAUUUGGUCGACCGACGACCAAGAAAGACAAAGACAUAAUGCGUCCAUUAUAUGAUCGGUACAGAAUGAUUAAACGGAAACUCAGCGCCUCUAGAACUCAAUCCUCAACUGAAGACUUAUCCAAAAAGUCUGAAGGACUGGGAUCUGAGCACGAUGAUAUGGGAAGCGAAGAACAGAUAUUUGCUACCUUGACAUUGCUUCCUAAAUCCAAGAUGCCUCCAGCUACCAAGGACCUUACAAAAGCCCAGAAAAGGCGUUCUGAUGUGUCUAUUGGGAGUGUAGAAGAUCUUGAUAAUUGCUCAGACUUUGGCGGUUCACAAGAAAACUUACUUGAAGAUAAAGAGCGUGAUGCCAAGCUUCAUCACAUGUCACAGGAAGACUUACAGAAGCAAGUGGAGUUAGCCAAAAGAGACAAGAAAAGACUAAGAAAGAAAUUAAAGAAAUUUGAAGAUGAUUUCCUCGAGAGAACAGGAAGGAGGGCGCAGAGAGACGAACGUGGUGAUAUGGAGAACGAUUAUCGUGAAUAUAAGCAAAUCAAGGCAAGAUUACGUCUCAUAGAUGUUCUCCUAAGCAAGAGACAGGCCAGCUCCACUAUCUAGAUAUAUUUUAAUCUUAUAGACCAUGUACCAAAGAUAAUAUAUAGGCAGUUGUAGUACGGCCCUUUUGGGUUUUGGAAAUGUGGGGUACCUGUGUGUGAGUGAGACUGGCACUGGUAUGUUAUGGGUCGUGUACGUCCGGCGUCGGGAUAUUUGAAGAGGGUUUUAUUGAGUUGAGCGUAUGCUGCUGAGACGUAAAAUGGACGAUGUUUAGUUCCGUGAUUUUGCUUCCUUUCCGACGAGGAAAUACUGGAAAACCCAUAUGCUAACCGAAAACCUUCAAGAAAGCUAGAAAAUAAUUGUCGAGAUUUUCCUUUGAUAGAAGGGUGUCUUACAUGUAUUACUUAAGUAAAAUUAGGAACCAGGACCCCCAACAGGUCCAGGAACUCACCCUUACGUAAUGUCUAAACAGUUGAAGUUGAAAUUCUUUUACUUAAUUUGCAACCAUUGAAGAGUAGCGCUAGUCGUCGUCCGUCAAAAUGCCGAAGUUUUACCGUUAAUUCAGUCUAUCUUAUUGCUGCAUGAUCUAAAAAACUAAUUUGCUUUUCGGCUCUCAAGCGCAGGCAACUCAAGGUAGAAUAGUGCCAGUUCUUCUCGGGUAGUCUUCCGGAACAGGAAGCCCAAACGUUACGUUAUAGUAUCCUACGGAAGCGGGUAAUUUGUGUUGAAGUAUCCCUCUCGGUCAUCCCGAAUCCGUUAGGGUCGCUACGCAGGUUGUGUAACUUGAAGUCGCAUGAAAUAAUCGUUCAAUGCAGAGCAAGUGACACUUAAAGGGACACUGUCAAUGGAUGACAUGCGCAGUAACAGUCUCACCUCUAACGGACUUUGAAAGUCGAGGUAAAUCAUUUUGUGGUGCUUUUGACACACUUUGGAAUAUUCUAGAUGUGUUUACGUUAACGAGCUGAUUUAUGUCGCGCCAACUUGGAGUCAUAAGCCUGAUGUUUUCAAGUUUACUCGCGCAUGCGUGCCAUUGACAGUGUCCCUUUAACUGCGGUUAUGUCGAAACUCUUACAGUGAGACUGCGAGACAUUAAUUACUUAAUAGUUAUUAAGAUAUUAAUACUUUUGAUGACAUGAAAGAAUAUAAUUGUAUCAUUGAUGCUAGUCAUCUUCUUAGGUUUACAUGAAGAUAUUAAAAGUUUAUGUUUGCAAUGAAA